GAGUGGAGGAAAAUCCUCCCUGCAAAUCACAAUAAAUCAGAGUCGCAGUCAUUCUGCUCUGAUACAGGGCUCUCUUCAUAUCUGCAGUUUCACCUUUCUUUAAAUCCACCUGGAGUGUUUCAUUUCUUUUCUUUCUCUGGGUUUCUGCCACGUCUCCCCAGCUGCUGGAUCUCUGUGGGGCUUUUUGUGUCAGAUUAUUGGCAGGCUGCUGGGACUGUGAAUGAGGAAACCUGGAUUAAAAUGGCAGUGAAUCUGAGUAAGAACGGUGCUGUGCUCAUGGCAGCUUAUAAAGAGGUGGUGGACGGCAAGUCGGACACAAACUGGGUGCUGUUUACUUAUGAAGGGAACAGUAAUGAUAUUCGUCUGGCAGAGAAGGGAGAUGGUGGAUUAGAGGAGAUGGUGGAGGAGCUGAACAGUGGGAAGGUGAUGUACGCUUUCUGUCGUGUCCAGGACCCCAACUCUGGUCUGCCCAAAUAUGUCCUCAUAAACUGGACAGGUGAAGGUGUGAAGGACUCUCGGAAAGGAAUAUGUGCCAAUCAUGUGAGCUCCAUGGCCAAUUUCCUGAAGGGAGCCCAUGUGACCAUAAACGCCCGGGCAGAGGAGGACGUGGAGCCGGACGCCAUCUUGGCAAAAGUGGCCAAAGCGUCUGGAGCAAACUUCAAUUUCCACAAACAGACAGAAUACAGAGACGCACCCAGAGGACCUGUGGGCUCAGUGUAUCAGAAAGUCAACGCUGUGAAGGAGAUUCAACAAACCAACAAGGACGACUUCUGGGUCCAAACUCAGAGGGAUGAAGAGAUCCGUCGACGGGAGGAGAACAAACGGGCAGAGCAGGAGAGACAGAGGCUGGAGAGGGAGAGGAGGGAGAUGGAGGAGAAGCAGACGAAGGAGAGGGAGAAGAGAGCGAAGGACAGAGCUCAGCAGAUCGAACAGCAGAAGAUUUAUGAGAAGCAGAGAGAGGAAGAGGAGGAACAAGAGAAGGAGCGACAGCGACAGAACCAGCAGGAAAAAGAAAACAGGAGAACAAGCAUCAACUCUGCUGCAUCUGUGCAGAAAGCUAACGAGGCCAAGUCACUCAUUUCUCAGAGAGGAUUUAAUCCCAGAGACAUCUUCAAGCAGAGGGAGCAGAGCUUCGAGGGCAGCGACCGAGCAUCUAUGGCUGCAUCCAGACCAGGGAAGCUGCAGAGUCCGUUUCUGUCUCAGAAAUCCUUUGAGAGAGAAACCCCGGUGCAGCCUCAGUCUCCACCUGCUCCAGCUGUGGUCUGGGCCUCCUCCCCGACCCCCCUGUCCCCCGUCACACCUGCCUCACCUGUGCUGUCCUUCUCACCUCCUUCAUCUGAGUCAUAUGCACCAGCAGAAACCGCAGAGUCACCUGUUCAGCCUGCAGGAGAGGCGGAGGAGUGGUCUGAUGAGUUUGAUGAUGACGCAGAUGAGGAAUAUCAGGCUCAGACAGAUCUGUACAAAGCAGAAGAACCAGCAGCAGCACAGGAGGACCUGUAUGAAAACGUUUACGAGUCGCACCACACAGAUGAAGACCAAGGUGCAGAUACCAAUGGACAGAACAUCCGUGCCAGAGCUCUGUAUGACUACCAGGCUGGUAUGCACACAUAUUGGGGCCUGAUAUUCACCGUCACCUCUCCUUCACAGUGGACGACACAGGAGAUCACCUUUGACCCUGAUGACAUCAUAACCGGGAUAGAGAUGGUGGAUGAGGGAUGGUGGAGAGGUUUCGGACCUGACGGACAUUAUGGCAUGUUUCCAGCCAAUUAUGUGGAGCUUAUGUAGCUUUUAUCAACCCCAUCCAUGUUAAAGUUCUGAUAGAAACACUUUUUAUAAAACUGAAAACCUCUGAGACGACAGACGGGAAACGGAUAAAGAUGAGUAAAUAUUCCUCAUAAAUAAACUUGUGUGUCCAAA